CAUCUAUCAUUGCAUUCGCUCAUAACUUCAUAAGAUGGUAUAUAACAGUCUUCCGAGACCGGUAAAGCUCGACGCAUGUAGUCCACGAGGGAGCACACAGCGUGGGGUAUCAUAAAACGGCAAAAACUCGUAGAAACCUGACCUCGCUCGUGACCAAUCGACCCUACAAUCUCGCCUCACACCCUCCCGACGAGGCGGAGCUUUUACGUGAACCAAAGUCCACGGACAGGGGCAGGCCGUGGACGAUUUCCACCGGCACAGACACCUUGAACGCCUCGGUGGGCCCGUCGGGAAACGAGGCGGUCAGCUCGAUGAAAUGGUCGCGCGAAAGCAAGGGCGUGGAGAAGGUCGGCAUGGGAGGGUUCGUAUCGUGGAUGUGGAAGGGGAGGGUGAAGCGUGCGACGGAGAAGGAGUCGGUGUUGUUGCAAGACACGCAGGGUUCCCAUUUCGCAAUGGAGACCGUUUCGCUUUGCUCGUUGCUGUUCUGCGAUCGCGUAAUCUGCUGCAGAUUCUUCCGUGGGAACUCCAAGCCCGCCUCCAGGCGCUGGAUCUCGUCGGGCUUGAGAUGUGUUUUCGUCACGAGUCGAGCGUGGACUUUGCAUUCGGCGGGUAGCGCAUCUCCCAGCUCCGCGCCAUGUGAUACUUUGACGACAAAGGGGAUUUCCGUCUCUCCGUCCACCACUCCAUGGUCGUCUUGCAGGACCAGCGGGUCGGUCUCCUGCGCAGCGAGUUCUGUGCGGAAGGCCGCCGAGGGGGAUCGCUCCGGGGACGAGUGCGAGGAGCUGCCCGUGCGGAAUCUCGGUCGCGCAUGCGGGAAAGAACUGGCUUUUCCAAUCUUGGGUCUGGUCUCGCUGACCGGUUCUGCCCAGAAGUACGCUCCCGGGGCGCUGGACCGCCAGGAAUCGAGGGAGACGGCGAGUAUGUCGACGCGCUGCACUGUCGACGCCAGCUCGUGCCCGUCAGCGGUCACGGUAGCCUUGAUGCUGUAGUCCACCGAGUACUUGACAUCGGAAGGGCGACGAGUUUCGCGUCGCGAGUCUACCGAUGGCGGCAAACCGCAUUCGUGGCGGGACAGCUUUUCACAUUCGGACAGGUCGAAGUGGAAGAACAAUCGAAUGGCGCCGUCUGCGUCCGCCCUGUCGGCAUGCGCCUUCCGGUCGUAUGCUGCGGCAAGGAACGCCAACGUCUCGGUCCUCCACUCUUUCGCAAACGCGCCGUUGGAAUACUGCGGCGUUUCGGUGGUGAUGGCUCCUGCGCGUCAUAGUAUCAGCGUGGGUUCCAGCAUCCUACGUGCACUGCGUCCCGUGAGCAUACCUUUGAGGGUGAUCUGACACCG